AUGGCUGCCGACUCUCCUCAUCAAUUGGUUAUCAGUUUCCUCAAUACUUCCAGUGUGAACCAGGAGUGGGGCUUUUUACAACGCAAUGUAAACGUGCCACCUAAAGGCCAAUGCAAAAUCAAAGUUACAACGACAGGUGACCAGAGCAUUGGCUUUACUGUUACGGUCAACGAGGAGGAAAUAGGUUCUGCCUUGAGAUAUACUUAUCAGACCAAUGCAUGGACUCUUUGGCCAGGAUCACAAUACCUCCAGCUUGGUUCCCAUCAGCUAACCGCUGGAGUUCGAUGCAACUACGCCGGGCAGUCUAUCGCAGCAAACACACUUAAUAUUGUAUCUUUGACAGUAACACCCAGCCCGAAUGAAGAGUAG